AUGGCGAACGCCUCCACUGAGCAGCGCGAGCUGGCCCUUGUCGAGAAGGUUGACCUGCGCAUCCUCAACGUCGCCAAUAACGAAGCAAAGCUCCAGCAGCUUCUCGGCACAUAUCUCCCGCCUCUACUGCUGAAAGGCGGCAGUGAACAUGCCUCCGUCAGAGCCAAGGUCAUAUCAAUAUGUCAGAGGCUGAAGACCUUCAUACAGCCACCGGGGGUUGUUCUUCCGGUGGCUGCGCUUCUGGAGCAGUACAAAACUACUGAUUCGCCAGUUGUUAAGCAUCUAGAUAUGAUGUUUGUCCAGCACAGUAUCGGCCGACUAGAAGCACCGGAUAGGAGAAAGCUCAUUUCUACGAUUCUGCGAAGCAUAGGAAGUGAGUCCUCGAACACAGCGGCUCUUUUCAACGUCUUCUUGCGAGUCCUUCGAGAUUUACGGAUCCCACCUAGAGGCAGCAAAGAGGAUGAGGCACUGCGUGACGAUGUUGGUCUAUCCGAUGCAAAAGACGCCAAAUUUGUCGCCGAGUGGCUCGGAAAGCUCCUAUUACUGAAGCCACAGAAAGAUACCACGGCUCCAUGUCCUGGUCUCACCAGCUCCGACGUUGCCUUCCUCACUCUCGGCAAAUCUGACACAUGGGUGCCCACCGCGCCUGAUGGACUGAGUCUACCCGAGACUAGAAUCAAGAGCAUUACAUUUAUUGCAAGUGGCGCCUUCAAAGAUGACGAACGCUUCAUUCCCGCCCUUUAUGCAGCGUCUAGCUCCGAUUCCCGUGUGUCAUCUAUCGGCGAUGACCUCCUAAAGCGAAGUACAGUGUCUCUUGAAGACAAAGGCCUUGUGGAGACUCUAUUUGAGGCGCAUUCGCGUUUGCCUGCCGCGUACAGAAUUCGCAUCUUGAAUCUAUUAAGCAGAUCUGCAAUCUCGACGGGGUUCACUGGCCAAAUUCUCGAGGCGGUGCGUCGCGAUAUCAAAAUCCCCUCCGACGAGCAAGGAGCUGGCGCAUCGUUGAACGCGACGGGACUUGAGCUUACCAAGAUUCAUAAAGCAUUAUUUGAGUACAUCAACUGGGUUGCACGGAUUGGACCAGGAAAGGGGACUUUUGAAAUAGGAUCGGCUUUGGUAGACCUGUUGCGAGAUUACAUCAAUGAACAAGGCUGGCCUAAGCCGAUACGGCAGUCUCUCGACGAUACGACCUUGCGUUCGAGGGCAUACGAGACUAUUGGUGUCCUGGCUAAAGGGACGAACAUGAGCCAUGGGGAGCGUCUAUCAUUGGUUGGAUGGCUUUUUCGAUCACUCUCCGAGGACCCUACCCCCGAUGUAGUCGUCAACAUCGACGGCGCGCUAUCGAGCCUGACUUCCCUCUUCCAGCCGGGCGAGAACUCUAAUGUGCUGAGGCAGAUUCUGUUAACCUACAUGACUAUGCCAGACGACGAGGGAUCGGUAAUACGCAGCGCUCGACAUGCCGCAACCAAGUGGGCAAACCAGACCCUCCUGUUCUCGGACUCUACAGCAAGAUGGAUCGACAUCUUGGCGAUUGCCGGUCGCCGCGAUGAACGCAGUGAUGUGGUAGAAGAGGGACACAAGGGCCUUGAUCCCUGGACAUAUCGCGUAAAUGACGACAAGAACACAGGCCUGCCUGACUGGAAAGAGAUGGUUCAUGCUUUCUUCAAAGAACCCAUCACACACCUCAAUACGUCUGAGUGGAGCCAAGGCCGAUCUAUGGAUGUUGAUGGCCUCUCGAUCUUCGCCAAUUUCCCGGGGGACAGACUCAAAGCAUUUCCAGUUGCCGUGACUUACUGUAAGCGAAUGUUAUUCCUUGCAGCUCUGAAGGACUUCAAGAUUGAGCCUGGAUGGGAGCGCCAGCUUGAGGCGCAAGUACAGUCAGACAAGAAGACCAGAGAGGCCAUUCGCGCAUACCUGAAGACUGUCAACGGGUCUGAUAUCCUCGAUCUUUUGACAGCGGCUUUCGAAGGCAUGUUGAGAGAUAACCCAGCAAUAGCAGAAGAGUGCGCGCGGUGUUUCGUGGAAGUCAUCUCUUUUACCCCCAAAGCGGUCGUCGGGGAACUAGCCAGCAGAGCGCUGGAGUUGAUCCCGCUGAUAAGAUCCAACAAGAAAGAACUCCGCAGUCUUGGAGCAAGGGCCUUCGGUAUAACCGCUCCCCAUCCAGCUAACAAACCUGAGUUCGUAGCUCAGGCGAAGGACGCUCUCGUGGCACUGAUUAAGCCAUGGAAGAGCGCCGUCGGCUCUGAGCUGAAUGCUGCAGAGGGAUCUUUCUUGAGCUUAGGCUAUCUCGUGUCUCGAGCCUCCUACUACCCUUCACCAUCACUUGAUACACUGAGCAAUGGCCUUGCUGAACUGAUUCCGUCGCCAAAGGAUAUCAAAGCAGCUUCGUUGUCUUUUCAAGAAGCCAUUUUUGACACACUAUCGCAGAUCUGGACAGCAGGUUUCACAGUAUCUGGAGACAAGGAGACCACAGAUGCUUAUAUAGAAACAUUGGUAGCUCAAGCAAAGAAGGGCAACGAACACGCUAUCACAGCGCUUGGCAGGCUUGCCAUCGCCGCCCAAGAAAGCAGACCUGUCAAUGAAUCGAACAAGGAGACAGCUGAGAAAGACUUGGUUGAUACUGUGCUAUCUAAGCUCUAUGCGCUAUAUGAGAUCAAGCAAGUUGAGGUACAUUUUGCCGUUGGAGAGGCAAUCACUGCAGCAGUCGCCGCUUGGGAUUCGGACGUUGUCCAGCUGACCCUUGAUGUUGAGGCUGACGACACGGUCACACAUACUGGAAAGAGAACUACUCGCAUCAACGAAGUUCUGGAAAAGAUUCUCACCGAUUGCAAGGCUACUAAGCCAUCGCUUCUAAAAGCGUCAGGAAUCUGGCUAUUCUGCAUCAUCCAACAUUGUUCUCACCUACCCGAAAUUCAAUCAAGAUUGCGGGAGUGCCAGGUUGCCUUUAUGAGGCUCCUAAGUGCUCGAGAUGAGCUUGUCCAGGAGACCGCAUCCCGAGGCUUGUCCCUAGUAUACGAGAAGGGUGACCCUUCCCUCAAGGAUGAUCUCGUGCGUGAUCUUGUAGGGUCAUUCACCGGCUCUGGUCCACAGUUGAAGGUCGACGAAGACACGGAACUGUUCGAUGCCGGAGCAUUGCCAACUGGCGAGGGCAAGUCAGUUACGUCAUACAAGGAUAUCGUUAAUCUUGCCAAUGAAGUUGGCGAUCAGAGUCUCGUCUAUAAGUUCAUGUCGCUCGCUGCGAAUGCGGCAACCUGGUCAACACGAUCUGCUUUCGGGCGAUUUGGCUUGAGCAAUAUCCUGUCUGAGUCCGAGGUCGACCCGAAGCUCUACCCUAAACUCUACCGCUAUCGCUUUGACCCCAACACAAACGUACAAAAGUCGAUGAAUGACAUUUGGAAGGCGCUCGUAAAGGACUCGAAUGCCGUGAUGGAAAAGCAUUUCGAUGCCAUAAUGACAGAUCUGCUCAAGAGCAUUCUCGGCCGAGAGUGGAGAGUGCGGGAAGCCAGCUGUGCUGCCAUCUCCGACCUCGUACAAGGCCGACCAUUCCCGCAGUACGAGAAGUAUUACCAGCAAAUCUGGACAUCUGCGCUUAAGGUCUUGGAUGAUGUGAAGUCAAGCGUGCGGGAAGCUGCUCUCCGUCUCUGCGUGAAUCUGUCAAACACGCUCACACGGCAGCUGGAGGAGGGCGGGGCGUCAGCUGCUACCACAGCAAUGAUGAACGAGGCUUUGCCUUUCCUUCUAUCCGACAAGGGUAUCGAGAGUGGCGUGGAAGAUGUGAAGCUGUUCUCUACUAUCACAGUCUUGAAGAUCUCCAAAACAGGGGGAAAGGCGCUCAGGCGCUACAUCCCGGUGAUGGUGCCGCAUCUACUUGGCUUGCUAAGCACAAUCGAGCCGGAUGCCAUCAACUACCACUAUAUCCGGGCUGGCGAGGACAACCGAGAUAAGAUCGACAAGAUCAGAAGCCAGAUCGUCUCUCAGUCGCCCAUUUCCGAGGCCAUCGAGAACUGCCUCCGCAACAUAGAUUCUAAGACUAUGGAAGAGCUUGUUCCCGGUCUGGAAAACACCAUAAAGACUGCGAUAGGUAUGCCCACUAAGAUCGGUUGCAGCAGGGUUCUAUCAACUCUAGCUACGAGACACACUACCGACUUCGCGCCAUUCUCUGCAACCUUCCUCCAUCUCAUGGAGAAGCAAGCUCUGGAUCGAAACGACGAAGUUAGUCAAGGCUAUGCACGGGCGGCAGCUUACAUCAUGCGCGUAGCCCCAUCAGAAGCUAAACAGCACUUCGCCAAGAGAUACAUCGAUUUGUAUUUUACAUCAGAGGAUGAGUCACGGCGACAGAAAGUGGCAGAUGCAGUGUUGUUUCUCUCCAAAACGUCGCCGGAUCACUUCAAUGCUCUCGAGUCACAGCUUCUUCCAUUUUCGUACCUUGCCAGCCACGACACGGACGAGUACGUACAGAAGGAAUUCGAUGAAGUGUGGAGCACGCACGCCGGUAGCAGCCGCACUGUAACACGGUACGUCACCGAGAUCGUGGCACUCGUGCAGCGUUCGCUCGACACGCCGCAGUGGUCGCUCAAGCAUGGAGGCGCUCUGACUGUGGCUGCUAUGGUCAAGGCCGUCACGGCGGCGAGCGAUCUCAGCGGCCAGGUCAACGUUCCGAAUCUGAAGGCCAUCUGGCCAGUCUUUGACAAGUCUUUGGCCCUGAAGACCUUCACUGGCAAGGAGAAGCUGCUGGAGGCAUUCCCGGACUUUGUCGGCAAGGGUAAAGCGUUUUGGGAGAACGACGCCCAGAUCGCCGGCCAGCUGAAGAAGAUUGCUGUACGCGAAGCCAAGAGAAACAAUGACGCGUACCGCGUUCAUGCCUUCAAAUGUCUUUGGCGCUUCGCAGCGGCAAGAGAAGACCUCGACAUGAUGAACGAGAUUGUGGACAUCGUCACACCGCAUCUUGAUGAGCUGAAAGACGAGGAUCGUAUGGAUGUCGAUAAGAAGGACGGUAAAGAUAAUAAGGAAAAGUUACUUCACCAGACUGCUACAAAUGCAGUUGAGGCGGUGGCUAGGGGCUACAGCCGGCCGAACAUGAACAGCAACUCAAUUGUGGUAUUGGAGCAGAUAUUGAAAGUCCUGGGGCCUUACAUCACAAGCUCCCAGUUCGAUCGAGUUAGAAGAGAGGUCUGGUACAAAUGCGUGGCCGAUCUGAUGGAAGCAGCCGAAACGGCAUCCCCGUCUAAGGAAAAUGGGCGGAGUGUUGUACUGGGCUUCUUCAACACAUUAGAUGUGGACAAGACUGACGUGGGGACGGAGGAGCAGCGGUCAAACCGUGCGAAGGCGGCGAUUGCGGUUGCGAAGGCACUCAAGAAGGGUGUAUUCGGGAACAGUCAAGAAACAAAUACACAGGUGAAAGAGACAAUCAAUAAGGCGCUGGUGACGGAGAGAUCCUUGGAUGUACAACGACUCUUGAGGGAUGCGGUGGCAGAGCUCAACAGCAUAGUUUACCAUAGUAUACUUAUGGACCCUGUCAUGACCAGCUCUGCAUAG